AUGCGAAAAGCAUCUGAUUACGCAGUCCUCCUGCUUUAUAACCUCCGCGUCUCCCUCUUAACAAGGACUUUGGGCGGCGACCUUCGACGACGACGACCUCAACGUGUGCUGCUUUGCUCGACGACCACCUCGACGUGUGGCAUCGAAUCCAUACCGUCGUCCAUCGCUACGACGCUCUCGUCGACCAAGCCGUCGACUCGACCUUCGUUCCUAUUCUUCCCUUACUCAACCUCGAGACUUCAAGACAAGAUGAGCAAGUCCACCGGUUCCUACAAGGGCCACAAGGAGCUCACAAGGGACGAGUUCAACGAGUCGCGCCGCAAGCACGUCUAUCCCAAGGAGAGCGAAGUCACCGGCGGACCGCUCAACUUCAUCAAAGUCCACUCGCCGGAGCCGCGUCAACCUCGAGGCCGGCUUCUGCGGGAUUGGACGCGGUGUGAGUCGAAGGGGAAGGGGGGGUGUAAGUCUGGUCACCUGGGAUUUUUUGUGGAGUUGGAGGAUGGUGUCAUUAAGCAUGCUAUGAUGAUGCUGAGUGAGGAGUGUGGUGAGGAUGGCCAGGAGGACGAGGAGCGCGAGGAGGAAGUCAACGGCCAGGACGAGAGCGAGGGUGGAGGAGAUGGCGCUCCUGUGACGAGAAAGAGCGCCAGGGUUGCGCAAAAGGGCCACGAGGAUUCAGGCCGGAAGACCUCCAGGCAGACCAACAGAGAAAGCUCGCCCCGAAGCUGGAGUAUUUCGAGCCAUGGAAAGGGGCAGCAGUCACUCACAUCAGGUGCUGCCUUGAAGGACACGUAG